AUGCAUCUGGAGUUGUCCUCAACUGCCUUCUUCUUCAUCGACGUUUACCUUUUCCACCUAGGACUGACCUACGGUUUGAUGGGCGAGCUAAAUGCGUACAACUGGUAUCGUCCUUCGGUUUUGCUGGGCGGGAUACAAGACAACGUCACGAGAGUCGUCGGACUGUCGAAUACGAUUUCGAAACUGUCGGAAUUUUUCGAACGU